GCUGGCUGUGGAGGAGGGAACUGAGAGGUUCAGAAAAACAUCGUAACUGCCCACACUCUUGACUCAGGGGCGAUGCUGUGCCCAUCCCACAUUUUCUCCCUUCCUCAGACGGCAAAACUGAAGGACGGCCUUCGGACAGGCUGAUGUGACGCUAUGAUCUAUAAACUGCUCCCCCUCCUCUGUUUCAGGCUGUGUGUUGGCUAUGGAGACUGGAUAGAUGUGUCACUCCCCAGGCCCUCCAUCAGUGCCUGGCCCAGCUGGAUGGUGCCUGUCAACAGUAAUGUGACACUGCGCUGCUUGACUCCUAUCAGGGAGGUCAAGAUUCUUCUCAGAAAACUAGGACAUAAGGAGUACUUGCCAUCUUCUGAUUCCCCAGAGGGCAUGGCAGAAUUUUACUUCCCUGAUGUAAAAACCAGAAAUGCUGGAAAGUACACCUGUGAAUAUUACAGAAGAUUGAGCCCCAACAUAAGUUCGCUGUCCAGUGAUACCCUGCUACUAGUGGUCACAGGGAAUCUACCUAAACCUUCCCUCCAAGCCCACCAUGGAGGCAACGUGACCGCAGGGGCAAACGUGACUCUGCAGUGCCAGAAGCCCGGCCAUGUGACUGAGUUUAGCAUGUUUGCUCUACUGAAGAAAGGAUCUUCAAUGCCCACACAGCUCCGGAGUCCAGUUGGGAGGGAGACAGACUUCUCCCUGCAACGUGUGACUGUCGGUGACACUGGGAACUACAGCUGUGUGUACUACCACACAAGGGCGCCUUUCUGGGCCUCAGAGCCCAGUGAUCAGCUUGCGCUCUGGGUGACAGGUUCCCCAGGCGCCACAGCAAGAGAUAUCACCGUGGGUGACCUCGUCCGACUGGGUCUGUCUGCCGUAAUUCUGGUUCUGAUGGGGGCUUUCCUGGUGGAAGCCUGGUGGAGUCAGAAGGGGCCUCCACGUUAAUUCAGGGCCCGCAGCUGCCUGGGUUGCAGGGCAUGACGAGCGCCUGAUCCGGCCAACCUGCCGAACCCUAACAGCUCUGUGGGACCUGCAUUCUCGGCCCGUCCAGGACAAGGCAACGAUUUUCCUCUUCCUGUGCUUUUCACCUGGAGCAGAUGGCCAGACUGAGCAGAAAGAAUCGCCUCACGCAUUUUGGGUGACUCAGAAAAAUACUUAAAUCUUCAGGCUGGCUGCGUAGCACACACAGCCUCCCAUGCAGGAUCUUUUUCCUUUGAAAAGGGAAGGGAAGAUGACUUCCCUAUUACUUCCCCUCUGUUCUGUUUUGUGCUCUUGACCAGCA